AUGGAAUAUCUAGGGAUUGAUCUAAGCUGUGCCGUGGGAUCGCUCCGCCACGGCCACUUCCCGGAGAAGGAUUGCUUGCUCCCUCUCAUUUCUAAACUCCUCGGCUACGCCAUCGUUGCCGCCUCCACCACCGUCAAACUUCCUCAGGCACUAAUCGUUAACCGUUUCAUUAUUAGUUUCUUCGAUUCACAUGUUCCGUUUUUUGCUACCAAAUACUACUACUGCGUUAGCGUUAGGAUUUUGAAAAUUCUGAAGCAUCAGAGUGUGAGAGGCCUUAGCAUGAUAUCCUUUGAGCUCGAAGUUGUCGGAUACACCAUCGCUUUGGCUUACUGUCUCUACAAAGGCCUUCCGUUCUCCGCUUACGGAGAGUUGUUGUUUCUUUUGAUCCAAGAAUACUAUCUAGACCUCUUUGUCGUACAUGAUUUUGUUCACGAUUUUGAUUAUCUAACUGCUUCUUCCUCUCUAUUUUUUGAUACAGCUGUAAUAUUGGUUGCCAUAAUCUACUACUAUUCUCGACCUCUGAAUACAAUAACAUGGAUCCGGGCAUUGCUAUAUUGUGCUGUAGCACCAACUAUUUUAGCUGGUCAAAUUGAUCCUUUCCUCUUUGAAGCUCUGUAUGCAUCCCAGCAUGCAAUUUUUCUCUUUGCCCGGAUCCCACAAAUAUGGCAAAACUUCUCUUUAGAGUAUUCACAACUAUCCAAGAAAAGGCACCAAAUAGUGGUCUUAAUGUACGACGUUAAUUUGCCUUUGAGAUUUCAUCUUACUCGAGUAUUAGAAGAUCUUCGGUUGAAGUAUCUUCCAAAUUGCAUGGGUCAAAUCGCCUUGAGAGUUGCCAUUUACUGGUUCAGUUUAAGCUGCGACAAUUGGGAUGCAAAUAAAAGGUCACCUGCGUGCUGCCAAAGAAAUCAAAUAAUGUCAAACACAUGCAGAAGUCUUGGAUAUAUCGACAAGGCCGAAUACAUUCGGUUGCACCACCAAAAGGCUAAACAAAUGGUGUAUGAAUAUGAAUCAGACAGAAUCCAAUACAGAAAUAGUGUUUCAGAAGAUAAAAACAAACAAACAAAUGAGUAA